AUGGCUGGGUCCCGUAGGAGUCCGUUGAGAGACCAGUGGAGCGCUGACCAAGACCGCGAUCCCCGUGACGGGGACCGGCGCAGAGGUCGAGGGUCAGGCCGUGAUCGAGGAAGAGGUAGAGGGCGUGAUCGAGGUCGCCCGUAUCGGCCUAAUAACCGCAAUUUCGACCGACCCGGACGGUCGCCACCGCGCGCGUCACGCUUUGGCCCUAGCCCUUCUCACGGCCCUGGUGAUUUUGCAUCAGAUCGAUCUUCUCAUCGAGGUUCCCCUGGACCUGCUCCCUUCAACAAUAGCCGCCGACCAGACUUGAAUCGACCUUCAUCAGCAGGUGACUGGAACGGCCCCCCUCCCGGUACUUUCAACAGAGACUACCCAAAUACUCGACGAGACGAGUCACCUUCAGGUCCUCCAUCCAAACGCCAACGAACUCGAAGUCCCUCUCCGCGUGGCCGUCGACCCCCUCUCCCUCCGCAGUCGAGUUACGGCAAGCACGGCGAAGGACGGGACCGAAGCCCUUCAUUUAAGAAACGCGGUGAACGUGGUGGACGGUUCCAGGGCCGUGGUGGUCCGAGGCGAAGAUCCCCUCGACGAGGCCGGGAUCGUCGUGGAAAAGACCGUCACCGUCCAGAUAUUCCACGCCUAGGAAGAUCCAGAUCGCCAAUACAUGACCGUGGAUCUCAUCCUUUACCUGACCGACGAUCGAGAUCGUUAAGUGGGGAUAAUUACAGUGACCACGGAUCUCACUAUCGCGCAAACUCGCGGCAUUCAGCACGAUCACACUCCAGAGUCUCCGUAACAUCUCACGCAUCAAGACGUCUCUCGGAAAUGAACGCUACCCGUCCAAUUCAAUCCAUCCUGGACGACAGACCUAGGUCUCCAUCUCCACCACGGCCGAUACCAAGUUUUGACUCUGACAACUUCGGUGAUCAACGGGAUGCCUAUUCACAUGGGCCACGUUGUCCAGAUAUGGGACAAAAGCCAUAUCGUCGAUCGUCACGGCCACAUAUUGAUACUCGACCUUACGACACAUCCCCUCAACGUCCAACAGCAGGCUCAUACCAUGGAUCCCCACCAUCUGGCUCACCUUACUCUGGAAGAGGUGGUUGGAACGGACCGCCGGGGUAUUCUGGAUCAGGUCACGCCUCUCCCUAUCGACAGGAUAACUACUCACAGAAUGGGCACUCCGCGCAUUACUCUCACAAUCAAGGACAAUUCAACAGCCCUGGAAAUCAUUACCCCCGGUCUCCAUACGGUGGAUCUUAUCGAGGCGGUCACUCUGGCGGUGGUCAUCGGGGUAAUUUCUCAAACCAAGGUCCCGACCGGCGAUUUUCAGGUCCUGGUUCCCAUCCCUAUCAAUCUGGACACCCACAGCGCGACGCAAAGGGUCACUUCAAUAAUCUUCAAUGGACCGCCCCGGGAGCACGAGGUCGUGGAGGACAACACGAUUCUCACCCUGUACACAGCCAUGGAUCACAGACGCCCAAUCGAGCACGCUCCACCAAUGACCCUCAAUCACCUCGAGGCGAAAAUGGGGAUCAUAUCAGACCUUCCAGCAGAGAUUACCAUGGUAAUCACCAAACACAGCCCGCGCCGGAAAGCCAGAGUGCCCCAUCCAUGCAACCGCCAACUGAUGAACCUAAUGCUUCGACACCGAACAAAGGCGGCAAGUUCAGUUUUGCUUUCAAAUCUAAGGCUGCACCCUCACCCGCUCCGAAGCCUGUUCCUGAUCUUGCUCAGCGGAUGCAAGUUCGUGAGCCGGUCCCUCGUGCACCUGAGCCCCCGCAGCCUCGCAAUAGGCUGACCAACGGACCACUACCCAAGUUCAAACCAGAGCCAAGACAUGAUCGCCGUGACCGGGGUGGACGGGAUCGUGGACGGGAUCGUGGACGGGAUCGCAGAGACUUCCGUGAACAACGAGACUUCCGUGGUCCGCGGGACCGAAGAGAUGACCACCGGUUUGAUCAACGUCGUGACAGACGGCCAGGAGAUCGACCCCCUGGACCAGAUCGUCACAGCGAAUUGUCUCCAGAGCCAGUGAGAGAGCCACUAAAGCAGAAGCGGAUUCUCACCCGCCCUAAGCUUCCACCUGCAAUCCCUAAGGAGUUUACCGAGUCUGAUUCUGUCUACUUCCGAAAGCCGGGUAAUGAGUCUGUCAUCGGCGCUGGUACCUAUGGCAAAGUGUUCAAGGGAACUCAUGUCUUUACCCAGCGGCAAGUUGCACUGAAGAAGAUCCGAAUGGAAGGUGAAAAAGAUGGUUUCCCUGUUACAGCGGUGCGAGAGAUCAAGUUGCUACAACAUCUCCGAAACCACAACGUUGUGAAUCUCCUCGAGGUCAUGGUUGAAAAGAACGAAUGUUUCAUGGUCUUUGAAUAUCUAUCCCAUGAUCUUACUGGUCUCAUCAACCACCCUACUUUCUCCCUCACCCUCGCCCACAAGAAGGAUCUGGCCAAACAGAUGUUCGAAGGUUUAAAUUACCUUCAUCACCGUGGUGUCCUCCACCGAGACAUCAAAGCUGCCAAUAUCCUGAUCAGCAAUCGAGGAUUGUUGAAGUUUGCUGACUUUGGUCUGGCCCGAUUCUUCUCUAAAAGUCGCCAACUCGACUACACCAACCGCGUCAUUACCAUUUGGUACCGUCCUCCUGAACUUCUCCUUGGCGAGACCCGAUACGGCCCAGCCGUCGAUGUGUGGAGUGCUGCAUGUGUUUGCAUGGAGAUGUUCACCAAGAAGGCUGUAUUCCCUGGCGAAGGGGGCGAACUGAGCCAAAUGGACAAGCUGUAUAACCUUUUGGGCACCCCCACUAAGACCGAAUGGCCGGAUCUUGUGGAGAUGCCGUGGUUCCAUCUUAUGCGGCCAGCCGAACGCAAGAAGCGCGUCUUCGAGGAUGUUUACCGUGAUGUCCUGACAUCCGGUGCCAUGGACCUCAUCUCCUCCGUCUUCCACUAUGAUCCCGCCAAGCGGCCAAGUGCCGAAGAUGUCCUCAAGCAUCCCUACUUCGUAUCGGAGGAACCAACCCCUCACCCACCGAUCGAAUUGGAGCAUGUUGAAGGAGAUUGGCACGAGUUUGAAUCCAAGGCUCUCCGCAAGGAAGCUCGACGGGUGGAAAUGCAGAACCAAAAGGACCGCGACAAACGCAAGGCUGAAGCUUCGGUGACGAGCAGUGAUCGGGACGCCAAGCGCACGAGACAGGAAACCAGUGGUCAUGGCUCGUUGCAUGGAUGA